UGCUGGGGACACUGGUGACACGAGUGGCCGUGCUGGGGACACUGGGGGUGCUGGCACUGCGGACACGCCUCCGCGGCCGCCCCUGUCGCUGUCGCUGUCGCUGUCCCCGUCCGGCCGGUGCCAGUCGCGCGUGUCCCGCGAUGCCGGCGGCCGCCCCCGCCUCGCUCACGGCCAUGCAGCAGGUCCUGGAUAACCUGAUGGGGCUCCCGGGGUCCCCGGGGGUGGCCGACCUUGACCUCAUCUUCCUCCGCGGCAUCAUGGAGAGCCCCAUCGUGCGCUCCCUGGCCAAGGCGCACGAGCGGCUGGAGGAGCGCAAGCUGGAGGCGGUGCGCGGGGACAACCUGGCGCUGGUGCAGGAGAUCCUGCGCGACAUCGGGCGCCUGGCGCGGCCCGAGGCGCAGGGAGCGGCGGCGGAGCUGGCGCGGAUCCUGCGGGAGCCGCAUUUCCAGUCGCUGCUGGAGACCCACGACUCGGUGGCCGCCAAGAGUUACGACCCCCCCCCGAGCAGCCCCGGCCCGGAGGCGUCGCUGGGGUCGCAGCCCGUGCCCCCCGACGCCGUGCGCAUGGUGGGGAUCCGCAAGGCGGCCGGGGAGAACCUGGGGGUGACGUUCCGGGUGGAGCGGGGGGAGCUGGUGAUCGCCCGCAUCCUGCACGGGGGGAUGGUGGCGCAGCAGGGGCUGCUGCACGUGGGGGACGUGAUCCGCGAGGUGAACGGGCGCGAGGUGGGCAGCGACCCGCGGGCGCUGCAGGACAGCCUGCGCCACGCCAGCGGCAGCGUCGUGCUCAAGAUCCUGCCCAGCUACCAGGAGCCGCACCCGCCCCGCCAGGUGUUUGUCAAGUGUCACUUCGACUACGACCCGGCCACCGACAGCCUCAUCCCCUGCAAGGAGGCCGGGCUCAAGUUCAUGGCCGGGGACCUGCUGCAGAUCGUCAACCAGGAUGACCCCAACUGGUGGCAGGCGUGCCACGUGGAGGGCGGCAGCGCGGGGCUGGUGCCCAGCCAGCUGCUGGAGGAGAAGCGCAAGGCGUUCGUCAAACGGGACGGGGAGGUGGCGCCCACCUCGGGGGCCCUGUGCGGCAGCCUCAGCGGGAGGAGGAAGAAGAGGAUGAUGUACCUGACGACGAAGAACGCCGAGUUCGACCGGCACGAGCUGCUGAUCUACGAGGAGGUGGCGCGGAUGCCGCCGUUCCGCCGGAAAACGCUGGUGCUGAUCGGGGCUCAGGGCGUGGGGCGCCGCAGCCUCAAGAACAAGCUCAUCAUGUCGGACCAGGCGCGCUACGGCACCACCAUCCCCUACACGUCGCGGAAGCCGAAGGAGAGCGAGCGGGACGGGCAGGGCUAUCGCUUCGUGUCGCGGGGCGAGAUGGAGGCGGACAUCAAGGCGGGCCGGUACCUGGAGCACGGCGAGUACGAGGGGAACCUGUACGGAACCAGGAUCGACUCCAUCCGCGCCGUGGUGCAGGCGGGCAAGAUGUGCGUGCUGGAUGUCAACCCGCAGGCCGUGAAGGUGCUGAGGACGGCGGAGUUCGUGCCCUACGUGGUGUUCAUCGAGGCCCCCGGGCCCGAGAGGCUGCGCGCCAUGAACCGGGCGGCGCUGGAGAGCGGCGUGGCCACCAAACAGCUCACGGAGGCCGACGCCCAGCGCACGGUGGAGGAGAGCAGCCGCAUCCAGCGCGGCUACGGGCACUACUUCGACCUGAGCCUGACCAACGAUGACCUGGAGCGAACGUUCGGGCGGCUGCGCGAGGCCAUGGAGCUGCUGCGCCUGCAGCCCCAGUGGGUCCCGGUCACCUGGGUCUAUUAGCGACCCCCGAACCCCCUCAGCCCCCCCAAACCCGCCCAGGAGGGCUGGGGGUGCCCAGGGGGGUAUCUCACCCAGCGGGGUCUCUGCAGAGCCCCCCCAGCCCCAGCCCGACCGCUCUGUGCCCCCCUAGAGUGCCCCAAAUCUGGGGAGGGGCAGAAGCCGCGGGUGGGGUCCCACGGGGGGCGCAGCCCCCAAAACAGCUGAGUCACUGCCAGACCCCGGGAACCCCCAGGACUGGGGAGGGGGGCGCGGGGUUUGGGGGGUCACACCCAGAAGUGUCCCCUCCCUGUCCCCCAGGCCACACCCCCGCAAAUUGGGGACCCUCGCUGUCCCUUGUGUCCCCUGUCACCCCUUCCCAGGUAGCAAUAACGCCUGUAAUUAACCCUUAAUUAACCUUAACUGACUUGUAAUUAACCCUGUAAUUAACGCAGUGGGGAGCCCUGGCUGGGGACUCCCUGCGGGGGUCUGGGGUGGUGACAAGGGUGUCCCCAAGGGACAGGGACAGGGACGGGGGGUGCAGGGCGCGCCCCCCUGUCCCUCCUGCCCGGGCCCCCCCAGUCCUGCUGCCAUUGGCUCCUUUUUGGUAUUUUGCUGUGAAUUUUAUUAAAGUAGAGAAGACUGGGUUUGUCCCUUGUGCUGGAUGCCAGGGGGGUGGGGCUCUGUGUCACCUGUGCCACCUGUGCCACACCUGCCGCCCCUCCCCCAGCCCUGCCCCACCUGGUGCUGAUGGUUUUUUAUCUCCAAAUCGCCGUUUCCCACCAGUUUGGGACUGGGGGGGAGCUGGGAGGGCUGGGAGGGCGCGAGUGGCCGUGUCACACACGUGUCACACGCGUGUCACCUCCCACGACCGCGGGGACCUUCCUUGGUGCUGCCGGGAGGGGUCAGCAGAGCUGCAGGCACGGGGGGGCUGGGGGCGAGUGAGGGGGGCUGGGGGCG